AGUUUCAAACCCCGAGGUGCAUGCGCAACUGCCCCAGCGUUCCGGUUACAUAUGCCUAGAACAAGAAAUCGUGGAUGACUCGGGAUAUAUUCCAAAAAUGGUUGAAGGCAUGGGACUCUGAGCUGGCGUGUCAAGGCCGGAAGGUUUGCCUCAUCGUCGACAAUUGCACAGCACACCACACAGAUGCCCAGCUGAGCAGUAUUGAAAUUCAUUUUUUGCCGCCGAACACGACGUCGAAGCUGCAGCCAUUGGACCAGGGCAUUAUUCACGCUUUCAAGUCCAUUUAUAAGCGUCAGCUGAUCGACAUUUUGCUGCUCAAGCUGCGGAUGGGCCAAGAGCUAAAGACAGACCUUUUGAGUGCCAUUCAAAUGCUGAAAGCCUCGUGGGACAACGUCAAGCAGUCGACAAUAGUUCACUGCUCUUGGCAUGUGGGUUUCGUGAGCCGCAUUGAAGAAGCUUCCGAGGAAGCAACCGAAGAUUUGAUAUUGGAUGGCACAGAGGAAGAAUGCCAGCUCGAAGAAACCUGGAGCCAGUUGGAGCGCUUUGUCGGUGCUGAGCCACACAGCAUGUGCAUUGAGGACUUCGUUGGCGGUGACGACAGCACCGGAACAGUGGCGGAGUUAACAGACGUGGAGAUCGCGGCAGAAGUGACUGCUGAGCGGCCAAACGAAGACGCUGCCGAGGCUGAUCCAGCAAGCGCUGAUGUUGCCCCGCUCCUGACUGCAACUGAGGCUGUAGCUGCUUUGGCCGUUGUACGCCGCUACUGCGGCGCAAUAGAAGGCACUGGACUGUCUCUUGUGGACCGUUUGGACUAUGUUGAGGACGCCGUGGUCAAGCACGCGGUUGCCAAUAUGAAGUAGGCUACGCUGCUUCAGUACUUUCAGCGAACGAAAUAAAUACUUUGUUUGAAGC